AUGCACAGUUCAUCCCAACAUCACAUUGAAGCCUGUGCGGUGCUCGAAUUAUGGAAGAAAAAUAAAACCAUCGAUCAAAAAGCUGAAGAUGAAAUACGAUAUAGGGCAUCAUUUUGGCAGAUGGUUCUAGAACGAUUAUUCCGCAUAACACUUAUGUUAUCAAAAAAUUCUUUGGCAUUUCGUGGUCACCUUGAAGGAUUUACUGAGGAUUAUAAUGGAAACUUUUUAUCACAAGUUCAAUUACUUUUUAACUACGACAGUGUCAUGAAACAAAUUUUAGAAAUGCCAUCUGGUUCAAUCCGAUACUUAAGUCCAACCACACAGAAUGAACUAAUACAUUGCCUGGGAAAAAAGUUAUUGAAUGACUUGAUUGCAAAUAUUAAUUCAUCAUCAUUUUAUGCCCUAAUGUUAGACACAACACAAGACAUUACCAAGAGAGACCAAUUAAGUGUUAUAAUACGGCAUGUUCACAUUGUUAGAAAUGUAAAUCAAGAACCAACUCAUUUUAAAAUUAAGGAUACAUUUAAUGAAUUGAAGGACCAUUCAGCAGAGGGAAUGACUAAUCAAGUAUUGACAUUAUUGAAAGAAGCACAUAUUCCAAUUGAAAAGUGUUAUGGGCAGGGUUACGAUGGUGCUAACGUUAUGAGUGGAGUUUACAGUGGUGUACAAACCAGGAUUAAACAAAUCCAACCAAAUGCUGAGUAUGUACACUGUAACAGUCAUAAUUUAAAUUUGGUAAUUAAUGACUACGUAAAUGGUUCGUAUGAUAUCUUAUUAUUUUAUGCUACUCUUCAAAAUAUUUAUUUAUUUUUUGGAAAUAGCAUAAAAAGAUGGGACCUCCUCUCUAUAUUUACUGGGGAGUCUGAAGUUACAUUGAAAAAACUAAAUCCAACUCAAUGGUCUGGUAGACUACAAUCAUUAACAGCUGUAAAAGUUCGAUUUAUUGAUAUUUUAAAGGCUUUGACUGAAAUAAUCUUUAAAUCGACCAAAAAAGAAGAAAGAGAAGAAGCACUUCAAAUAAAGAAAAAAAUGGGGACAUUCGAUUUUGUUUUUAUUAGUGUUUUUUUAUUUAAGGAAAUAGACUUGGAGGAAGCUACUGAAGUUUUAAAACACGUUCGUGAAAAGUUAAAUUACAUUAGAAAUUCAUAUGAACAAAUCAAAUUAGAAGCAGAAGAACUGGCACGAAAGUGUGACAUCGAAACUAAUUUUCAAUCAAAAAGGCAACCAGUGAAAAAGCGACAUUUUGAUGAAUUGGCUUCAGAUCAUCGGUUUCAGGACAGAGAGCAAUUGAAUUAA